GUUAUUUUUAAACUGUGGUGAAGGAAUAUAGUUCUAGAGGCGCGGCGGCGUACACAGGGCUACUUGCUUUUUUGGCUCUGCGCCGGCCUCUGACAUAAUGCUGCAAGUUAAGCAACUAGGCCGAAGCUGUGUACCGGCUCCACAGCGAACAUAUCUGCGUCCGUUUGUAUUGACUGGCCGCGCCUUGCGCUUGGCCUCGCCAUCAUCUUCGGCCUCUCGACCUGCCCCCCACAUAGCUACUCCUUCACCCAAGCAGCUUCGCCAAUUACAAGUUAGGACAAAAGCCGCUGCUGAUGAUGGAGCAACCAGCGUGCCAGCUGAGGCCACAGGCAACAGCACUUUUGUUCAGGCUGUAUUCAAUGUUGUCAACGUGAUGAUGGGCGUUGGCCUUCUGUCGCUGCCAUUUGCCCUCAAGUCAUCGGGAUGGGUGGGCCUAAUAGUGCUUUGGGUCAUGGGUAUCGCCACCAACUACACCGCUAAGGUGCUCUGUGAGUGUGCGGAGGUUGUAAGAAAGCGCGGCGUUGCACCUGGCGGGGCGGUGGGCUAUGAGGAGAUUGCGGAGGCAUCAUUCGGCAAGAUUGGCCGGCUCCUCAUUUCCGCCAUCAUCUACGUGGAGCUCUUCGGCACCUGCGCACUGCUAUUCAUCCUGGAGGGUGACAACAUGUUCAAGCUGUUCGGUGCCAGCCCGCUGGCCAGCUCCCCCGCCAUGUACAUGCUGGUGGCGGCCGCCCUCAUGAUCCCCACAGUGUGGCUGCCCGACCUGCGGACGCUGUCGUUCCUGGGGGCGGCAGGAGUCACGGCCACCUGCACCGUGUCAGCGGCGGUGGCGUACACCUUCCUGUCUGGCAGCUUUGCUCCCGGCGCCCCCACCGCCCUGGCCAACUGGGCCACCCUGCCGCUGGUGCUGGGCAUCUGCACCUUCUGCUACAGCGGGCACGGGGUGUUCCCCGCCAUCCAGAAGUCCAUGAAGGACCCCAAGCAGUUCCCGCAGGUGCUCAACGUGGCCUACCUUGUGGUCGCCCUCAUGUGCACCCUCAUGGGCGCCGCCGGCUACUACAUGUACGGCACCGGCGCCCUGGACCUGGUCACCUUCAACCUCAGCGGCGUGCUGGCGGCGCUGUGCGCCUCGGUCAUCCUGGUCAACCCCAUUGCGAAGUUCGCACUCACCAUGGAGCCGGUGUCCGCGGCGGUGCAGUCGGUGGUGCCGGGCGGGCGGCAGGGCUUCAUGCGGCUGGUGGCGCGGACGGCGCUGGCGAUUGCCAUCCUGAUGGCGGCUCGGUCGCUGCCCUUCCUGGCGCACCUGAUGGCGCUGGUGGGGUCGUUCAUGACCAUCAGCGUGUCCGUCACCUUCCCGCCGCUGUGCCACCAGGUGCUGUGUGGCGAGCGCAACGGGCCGCUGCGCACCGCCUGGAACUACUUUGUCGCGCUGCUGGGUCUGGUGUGCACCUACUUUGGCACGGCAGCCAGCAUGAAGAGCCUGGCAGCCAAGGCGGCGGGCGUGGCGUAGAGGAUUCCAGGCGUGCAUGCCUUACUGAGAGGGCAUGGCUGGGAGGCGGGGGGCUGAGGAAAGGGCUGACGGCAGGCGGCAAAAGCCGGUGUUGGGGACUUGAGAAGACAACUUCUUUGUGCAAUUGGAUUGGACAGGGCGUUGGGCGGGCAGGAUCUAGACAAGCUUGCGGCGACGGAGGCGGCAAGGUUGUGCGGCUUGGGCAUGAUGGGUUGGGACAGCUCGUGAGAGAGACCAGAUUACCACACUAGCGCAAUGGCAGCAGCUGCUGUAUCGGUGUCGGUAUCAGCAGCAGCGGCAAUCGUGAUCAUGUGACGUGAGCGGGGAGAGCAGGUGAGCUGCCCGUUUAGGUGGGCGGACGGGCGGGCGUUGAACUCGAAUGUCCUCGGGGUCAGAGAUUCGGGUUCACCGGCUCUGCCCGGAUACCGAUACAGUGGUGUCGUGACGUGGACUCGGGGCGGCGUAUAAGAUACAGUACGAUGGAGGUAAAGUGGAUACAUAUAUCAUCUCACGACGUGGAGUCGUGUACUAAUCUUUUUGAGUUUAUUCUUGUUUGGAUUGUUUACGGUUAUGAUGGAUGAUGGCUGGUAUCUUGAUGUGUAUGCGAAUGGGCAGGCGGGCGUUUCCUGGACUGAGCAACGUGGCUGAUGUUGCUUUGGUGCGAGCUGCGAGGCGUGUUUCGCGCGCUUUCAGAUUUGUGUGGCGGACACGGUAGGCAGGAUAGCUGCAGGCUGGGCAUGACUCAACUCAAUCUCUUUGACUGCUACUUGACUUUUUGAAAAGGUUUUGGGAUGCGCGCCCUGGCGAGAAAGCACUAGCGUGCCUGAUGAGGCGAAACGAUGGCUUACCCGUUUGACCUAGAUUUUAACCGAGUCC